CCGCAGCGAACAACGCCAGCGUUCAGUUGGUGUGCGACGUUUCCAGCGAAAAGAAGGUUCCUCAUCACGCAGCCCCCAGAUACGCGAUCUCCGCGAGCUUCUUCUUCAAACGAUGCUGUUCAAAAGCUUUCUUCUGCUGAGCGUCUUUGCUGUCGCCUGCUAUGGACAAUCGAAAGUGCCCGUAUACGUGUACUAUGAAUCGCUCUGCCCGGAUAGUGCACGGUUCGUAAACGAGCAGCUGUACCCGGUAGCCAAGACGUUCAAGAAGAAUCUAGAGCUACAUCUGGUACCGUUCGGCAAGUCCACCUACACGACGCAAGGUUCGGAGGUGAUGUUCACGUGUCAUCAUGGUGAAAAUGAGUGCUACGGCAACAAGGUGCACGCCUGUGCUAUCCAGCAUAUCCAGGGUAACUCGUAUCAGCCGAACAUUUCGAAGGAGGAUCUUACGCUCGAGUACGUCAACUGUCUGAUGCAUCGGGCCCAGCUGAAGGAUGGUGCGUUCCCAACCAAACGCUGUGCCGAUGAGGUAAAGAUUGACCAGUGGCAAGCUAUCAUGGAUUGUGCGAACAGUACCGAAGGCAGCCAGCUGCUGAAGCAACAUGGUGAUAUGACCAACAAAAUGCAAUCACCACUCAAGAGUGUCCCCACCAUUGCUUUUAAACAGACAUACGAUGACGAACUGCAGAAACUGUCUGUGAGCAGCUUCCGUCACGCAUUGUGCAAAAACCUGAGCCCGAAGCCCGUCGAAUGUCUCGAUCUUCCAUCAGCCGCUUCAGUGAUUAGCUCGUUCGGUAUGCUUGUCGCUGUUGCUGUCGUCCUUAUUGCCAGGCUGUUUUAAGCAAUGGUCCGUCCGGUUCGCGGUUACAAUUAAGCUUCAAAACAACGGCUCUUGUUAGAUGACACAAGCGAGGAAACUUUAGCAGUCCUGAUUUAUUGAUAACCGUCCAUUAAGAACAAACGUUCGACUGUUUAUCGAUUCCGUCCAAGCUGUUGUAUUUUGUAGAUGUAUUCUUCGAGUAUGAUGCUUUUUUAAAAAAUAAAGUCUUCUAAAGUCUGUCAGGAUCAUAUCGAUCGUGAACCUUAACUA